ACAGGAGCUCUGACUGGAGGCCAGAUGGGUCCUGUUGAGCUGCUGCAGCAGCGCCUGCGAUGUGGUCAGGUCAGAGAGGCACUCGGCAUUCUGGAGGCCAUGGACUGGAGCAUCAUGGGAGACGAGUGCUACAGAGGCCUGAGUUUGGUCACCAACCACCUGCUGAGGCUGGAGCUGAACACAGAGCGGGAGGCCCAGCUGGAAGCUGCUCUUGGAGUGUUUUAUGCUCCAGCUGCUCCUCUGUCUGAUGUGGUGAUACUUGCGUACAGGGAACCAAUCAGCAAGUACGCCCGCCGCUUUUUUCACCACCUCCUCAGACACCAGCGCUUUGAGAAGGCCUUCCUGCUUGCCGUAGACUUAGAAGCCCGGGACUUAUUCAUGGACCUCCAUUAUGUUGCCGGCGAUAAGGGCGAGGUGGUGCUCGCGGAUGUGGCCAAGAGGAAAGCUAAUGAAAUCGAGGCCCGGGCCAUCGCAAGCAACGAGGAUCCUCUGAGAGACAGAGAUGGUGGGUUAUGUGAGUCCAGCCCCGGGGACAGACAAACAGAAAGAAACCAGAGCACAACAAGAUCUUCAUACCCGGAAACUCUCGCAACAACACAUGCUGAUGGAAGAGCCAAUCAGAGGAGACUACAGGAACAGAGCAUACGUGUGGCUGUUAACCCGGACGUGUUCAGGACACAAAGACAAACAGGAAGCAGCAGAGGACUUGGAGACAACAGAAAUGAUGAAGACGAUCCCGGGACGCUUCAUGUGGUCCACUUAGGAAUGGUUUGAAAAAAAACAAUAAGAGCACUUUGUAAAUCCCAACGAGACAUUGAGGAGCAAACACAGCACCUCACCAACAACGGGCUCUCGUUGGAUAUUUUUAAAUGAAGUCUGUUUACUUACCUGUCUCAAUACCAGGAUGAAGACUGAUCAUAAAACCAGAGCAGUAUUUGUAAAUAAACUGGUUUUGUACGACCACUUCUGUAACUUACUGAGUAACUAUGUUUGUUCCAAAACACCUUAUUAUAAAGACCUUUUAUACUUUAAUGAUGAAGGUAAAUGAACCCUAAGAGUAAACAGUUACACCAGGCUCUGCCAUUAAAAAAAAAAAGACAGAUUCUUUUGUUCGUCAAUCAGCCAGAAAAAAUAAAUACUUGUUUUUUUA